UAAGAUGAACAGGUAGAGCAUCAUGUACGGACCCGCACUGCGCCUUUUGGACGGCAGCUGAAGCGUUAGUCACACCGAGAUAUUUUUAUAAGAAAGGGGAGCUUUUCGAUCGUUUCGGCCCACACUCAUUAUGAUCACACCACCGUGUUUCGCGUGAACAGCCCACUCGCCCUUUUCAUUGGUGCCUUCUGUAAGCUGGGAUGGGCACAGUGCUGCAGGAGCGAGUGCCACAACAAUGCCUGGAGAGGAUCUCCAUCAGGGAGAGGGAAUGGAAGAAGAAGGCGUUGUGGAUGAACAACAGGCCUAAUGUGGCCAGCAACAAAAUGGGUAGGCGGCAGUCACAAAGGAAGUCACAGCAUCCGCAGUGCACGGUCCCAAGUCAAGAAAAUAAUAAUGAGAAGAGGCUGCAGCAAAGAAGAAAGCACAAGGCUAACGCCCCCUCGACCAAACGCAAUGCUUCUCAACACAGUACUCAGGGAACCUCAGAGUCAAAAUCCCAUCCACUGUCCCCUGCAGAGGACAGGAGGGAGCCAAAGGUGCAGCUCGCUGCUCAGCACUACAGCCGCAGAGAACACAAGCACACAGGUUUCAGAGGGAGCAGACGCACACCAGCCUUUCCCUGCCACCGCCUGUCUGAUUCAAGUCCUGAUCUGCUGGAGAGACUGUCACCAAACCCAGAGGUAGGAAGUCUGAGUGGCCAUGGAGAAGGUGACAGUGACACUGACUUGUCUGAGUCAGAGAGACUUCCUGUGUCGCCCUCUGGCCAGGUUCCUCCACAGCUCGAACUAAGGCCUGAGGUCCUCGAGCCUGAAGACUGCUCCUCUCGCAGCCACAGGCCCAGAGGACGCCACCAUGGUGGGUUUGACUUCCCAGACUUCCUCCCUCCACCUUUUAACUCCUGGAGCCUCAGUCAGCUGGCUGUCUUCUACAACAUGGAGGGCCGGGGUGCCCCUCGGCCAAGGCCUGUUGGCCCUUUGGAAAGGUACCUGGAGAGACUGCUGCAGCUGGAGUGGCGCCAGAUUCAGAGUGUCCAGGAGGAGAGUGGGAAGUCCGCAGGGUCAGAUGUUAUAUCCAGCUGCCACAGGUCACCUUCUGCUGCCUCGUCACGUCUCAGCUCUCCAAAGUGUAUCCUCCAGUGUCAGCGUGCCUUCCCCCUCACCUUCCUCUCCUCUCUGGCCAGUCACACUGCCCUGCUCUCUGGCUGUGCCUGCACUCUCUGCCGUAUCCGCUACUCCACCUGUAGCACGUCGUGCUGCCGCUCCUCCCACAGCCACUCCCGUCAGUCCAGACUGAGUCCCAUGCUGGAGUGCAGGGGCCCCACAUCGCUCCCCAAAAGGAGCUACAGCGAGAGCCGGGUGCACUCCUCAGACAGGAGCUCAGCAUCCCGAGCUCAGAGGUUCAGCAGCCCUGUGAGGACCAACAGCCACCUGAGGAGAAUGCAAGCCUCAGGCAACAUCCGCAACCUUGUUCAAGGUAUUAACACGAAGCCUCAUUCCACUGCCAGAGACUCUAGUGUCGGGGCUGUGAGGGACCGCUUGGGAGCAUGCAGGGAUGUGUUGGACUACAGGACAGGAGGGUUUAGGAAGAGGAGUGGCUCAGAGCAGAGAAGAGGUGGAGUAGAAAGACAACAAGGUGCAUCAGAUAAAAGACAGAAUGGUUCUGAGUGUAGAAGAGGAGGAACUGAGAGGAGGAGAACAGCUGAGCUCAAGGAACAGGAAAUAAAACCAGAUGCUGUCACUGCAACAAUGGACAAUUUACCUGGGUCCAAAAAUUAUCCUAUAAACAAACCAAACAGACUGAAACAGGUUGAAUUUGUUACAUAACAGUAACUUGAGUACUGUAAGUCUGUAUCUGUAUGCCAUUUUAUUAUGAAUGGAUAUUUUCAGUGAUUUUUCCUUAUUUGAACAGGUUGACAGAAAGUGUAGCAAGAUUGUAAAUGUAUUUUUUCACUAUAGGGGAUGUUAUGUUUUGCAGAUUUUUUUGUUCUCUGCUCGUUAUAGUUACAUUAUUGUGUUUAAUCCAAUGCUGUCAAAUAAGUUAAAGGGGACCUAUUAUGCUCAUUUCCAGCUCAAUAUUUUUUAUUCUGGGACUCCACUGGAGUAGCAUUGCAUGAUUCAUAGUUCAAAAAAGUCCUUAUUUAUCUUAUACUGGCCCUUUAUGCAGCCCCUCAGUUCAUCCUCUGUCUGAAACUAGCCAUUUUAGCUCCUGUCUCUUUAAGGCCCCCUCUCUAAAAGCCCACUUUCUUCUGAUUGGCCAGCUUCCAUGAAGCCUACUCAGGGGCAGCACCAAGUGCUUGUGAGAUGAACACCUCUUGCUGGUGUGCUCGACGGCAUAUGACAGCUACAGUAAAUUAGCUUGGAAAAUAGCAAUAUGGGGUACUGAAUUUGAUGAAUUGAAUGUUUAUCCAGCCCGUUCUCAUUCCCAGGGCAUCAAAUACCAAGGUUUUGGUCGAUAUUUGACGCCCUGGGAAUGAGAACAGGUUGGUUUAGCAGACCACAAAUGAGACAAGAAUUAGGUUGGAAAAACUAUAGAAGCCGCCGGAGUGGAGACUUUUAAACUUUAUUCACUGAUUUUGGUGAAACUGGAUCAUAUUUUCUGGAAAAAAUAUUUUCUGGUUUCCCUCUGAUGUCCUCCGGCUGCUCUGCCUCAACUCUCUGUGAUUUACGGAGUUUCCUGAUGGACAAAUAGCUUUAAAGUAACCACUAACUGCUGCUAACUGUGGCUGCCGUUAGCUAGUUAGGUCAGUUUGCUGUGCAACUAGCAAUCCUAUUAGCUUAACACUCCCCCACUGCUCCGAGCUUCCAGUCCGGAAAGAGUCAGCUAGCUAAUAGGACCGCUAGCUGCACGCCUAACUAGCUAACGGCAGCUAUAGUUUACAAUGGUUAGUGGUUACUUUAGCAACAAGUAAAACCAGCACUUUGGUCAACUUUGGUUGUUUUUAAAUGUGCUUUAUAAAUUAACUUGAUUUGAUUUGAUCUGUCUAUCAAGAAACUAACUAACUUUCCUUCACAACCGAAAAAGCACUUUCUGCGUGACAUACUGAACAAUCUCCAAAAACUUGAAGAGCAGUCCUGAACAGAGUGGUCCCUGUACUUCAUGGGCGUGCUGUGCCUACAGCAGAUCAUGAGGAGAUGACUAUUGGAAAUCUAGUAUUCAGAGCAGUCUGAAGCCUGAGCUUUUUGCUCACAGGGAUUACUUUUACAUAUAUUUACCUCAUUAUUUGAAACUUUGGCCAUGUUUAAUAUGAACAUCCGACAUUGUAACAUUAUAUAUAUGACAGAAAAUAAGGAAAACAUAAUAGGUCCCAUUUAAUGCAACAGUGGAUGUUUACAUGCAUUAUUGAUCAUACAUAAAUCUUAUGAGCAUGUGGAUAUUUAUAUAAGUUUUUUUUUUAAGUUUAUGAUUAAAAUCAACCCAGUAAGCCUUUGCCAGCACAUAUAUUUGUAUGCAAGAUGUUUCAACACACCGCUAGUUUUACUAGUGGUUCUGUUUUGGUUUGUCAACAAAAUAAGUGCAUAAAAGUUAUUAAAGUUUACAAAACAAUUAUAAUUGACAGGUGUAAUUAUUCAUAUGAAUAAUUACACCUGUCAAUAUUAAAUGACUGAUUGUCUGUGAUGGCUGUAUAAAGCAUCCAGGACCCAGCAGACACAUAAACUACAUACCACACAUUAGCAGAAACACACCAUCCUCACAAUUAAACCUGAUGACCUGAUCGUACUAGGGGGGAAAUGCCAAUUAAAUAAAACAAAUUUUUCAAAAAAUUACUUGAAAUUUAUGUUUUCAUAUGUGAAAUAUAUUUCCGAAAACCAUGUGCCUACAUGUGAAUUUAUUACGUGAAAAGCUGUUUCAUGUGAUAUUAGCCUAUAUGUUUUUUGCAAGGGAAAUCUGAGGGGUGGAGGUGAACAUUCAUGGCAGUAAUAUACAGUAUAUGGA